AUGGCAAAAGCCAAAGGAAAAAAGGAAGUCAAGAAUUCCAAGAACUCUCAGAGCCAUAUUCGAGCACGGCUGGAUUAUCUACACCAAGCUGCCGCAUAUUUCCAAGACAAAUCUACCCUCGACCAGGGUCAGAACGCCAAAGUUCAAAACAAUGGACACACCUCAGUUGCUAGUCAUGUUGACUCAGGGGAUAAUGACCACACAGUGAAUACCCAACAACAAGUCCGGUCUAUGAAUCAAAAGAAGACUCUAGAACCAUUGAGAAACCUCUCAAGGGUAUAUGUAUCACAUUUACGCGCCGUUGCAAUGAAGACGCAGAUUCGGUUGCCGGUCACACUGAAGAGAUCAGUCUGCAAGCGCUGUGAUACAAUCCUGAUUCCGGGAGUGACUUGCUCGCAUGAAACCAGAAACACAAGUCGCGGCGGCAAGAAGCCAUGGGCCGAUGUACUGGUCAUCCGGUGCCUCUCAUGCGGGACUGAAAAGCGAUUCCAUCAGACAGAGAAACUUGGAAAAAAGCUCGCUGAGCGGCGCAAGGGGAAAGAUUCGGCAUUGCUACACGACGUGAAUGUAUCAGAAGUGCGUACCUCAGAGGUGUCGCAAGGAGAAACAGUCGAAUUAUGUGAAGAGAAUGUGCCAAUGUUGGAUGCUGCAGAUCUCUCAGUGACGUGA